ACGCGAUGUGCGGGGUCACUUCACUGCACGGCGUCGCGGUUUUCCCAAGCUGAGAGUUGUCGUGCGAGAGUGAGGAGCAUGGCGAUGCUGGGGAGCUCGUCGGCGGUGGUGCUGGAGCUGAUGACGAUGGGGUACCAGUCGGCGGCGUACCUCGGCGAGCUGCUCCGGGCGGCGUCCCCGGCGCAGGCAGGGGAUGAGCAGCAGGAGCUCGCCGCGGAGAUCCUCCGCUGCUGCGACCGCGUCAUCGCCAAGCUGAACCGGGGAGGAGCCACUGGUGCUACUACCGGCAAGAAGCGGAAGGCGGCGGAGUCCGCCGCCGCCGCCGCCGUGACCUCCCCUUCUCUCCCCGUCACGCCGACCAAAAGAAGGGCGCGUGGCGCGGAGGCGGUGAGGGAGGUGAGGAGCGGCACGACGACGGACGGGUUCAUCUGGAGGAAGUACGGGCAGAAGGAGAUCAAUGGCUGCAAGCACCCGAGGCUCUACUACCGCUGCGCGUUCAGGGGCCAGGGCUGCCUCGCCACGCGGCGGGUGCAGCAGUCGCAGUCGCAGGACGACCCGGCCGCGGCGUUCGUGAUCGCCUACUACGGCGAGCACACCUGCGGAGGCGACGCCGCCGCCGCCGCCGCGUGCCGGGACGGGGAACUAAUGCCACCUGCCGUCAUCAACUCCGGCGCGUCGAGCUUCGCCGCCGCUUGGAACAUGGCCUCGCGUGAGCCGGCGUCGUCGCUCGCCGUCGAGCGGAGGAGCUGCGACGGCGACGCUCCCAGCGAGACGUCGCAGGGGUGGUCUCCCUCCUUCUCGUCGGAGGUGGAGCUGGACGUGGUGGGAUUCGACCUCGCCGGAGCCGACUCGUCGGCGUCGCCGGUGUGGGAGUUCUUGAAUGGCAGCUUCGACUGGGAAUUCGUCAUCAACUCCCUCUGAAUUUUCGAUGCUUCGUGAUCAGUAGCACACCAGCUGCCCCAAGAGUGCAGUAGUCUUUGCAAAACGCACAAAAUUUCGCGGGAACUAUCGAAUUUCCCGCGUUUGCGCUUAAGUUAAUAGCCUCAGUAGUUCGUCAGAUAAUCGCACGCACUAUUUUAAUUCAGGAAGGGAUUUAGAUUGACAAAGUAUAUUAGGUGAGAGUUAAUAUGGGAGAAUUCGUAAUGAAGAGUUGAAUGUGUUGACGUUGACGUACAGGGGAAAAACACAUGCUAAGAAGAAAAAUGGCAGGUGAAAGGGGCAAGAAAUGGCAAAGCUGAGCAACAGAGCAGGUAAUAAUAGAGAAUUGCUACUCCUACUACUUGCAAGCAUAUAUGUCCAGAAGAGCAGCCAAAGAGAACACAAGACCGUCAGCUUGACGCAUAACUGACGCACUUCUGAUGGUAACAAAAAACCGGCCACCAUGUCCCAUGUGAACGAAUGGAUUCAUUAGUUGUAAUAAUGGUAAUAGUAGUGACACUCAA